UUAUUUUGGUUGGUUUCUCUUCCUUAUCUCCUCAAGUCCUCCGUAUCCUUUCUCUCUCUCUGCUUUCUUGGAGCUCGCGCCUUCUUCACGAGCACUCUUUUUUUUUUCUCGAAUCCACAGAAACUAGAGAAAAUAAUAAUAGUAACCAAAUGAUAAAGUAACCCCCGAAUCUGAAAUUGAUGCAAAAACCCAGAAAUUGAAAAGCUUGGGAACUCACAUGAAAUGAUCUGGCUUUGUUGAGCAGAAAUCCGCAGUAAAUUUCUCGACUUUUUGAAAUCACAGAGCAGAAUGAAGAGGGAACGCGAUCGACCCAAGGCGGCGAGCUCGUCAAUGGGUAAAGGCAAGAUUUGGGAAGAACACCCGCCGGAUGCCGGAAUGGAUGAGCUACUGGCGGUGUUGGGCUACAAGGUGAAGACUUCGGAUAUGGCGGACGUGGCUGAGAAGCUUGAGCAGCUGGAGAUGGCCAUGGAGGAUGGGAUUUCCCAUCUUUCGACUUCUACGGUUCACUACAACCCUUCUGAUCUCACCGGCUGGAUCCAGAGCAUGCUCUCCGAGCUCAACGCCUCCUCUUCUUCCCCGCAGUCUUCCUGCAGCGCCGUGCUCACCGGCGAAUCUUCCAAUAUUAUCAGCUUUUCCGGCAAUAAGCACAACGGAAAUGGUAGUAGGAGGAUUUCCGACGAUGAUUUGAGGGCUAUUCCAGGCGGCGCUAUUUUCAGCAAGGGGAAAGAAUCCUCGUCUUCGGAGUCUUAUAAACGACAGAAAUCCUCAGCCGGAUCUGAUUUUAGCGGCGGAGAAAUUGGCGGCGGAGCGGCGGCUACAGAGACUCCUCGAUCGGUGAUGCUGGUGGAUUCUCAAGAAGCCGGCGUUAGGCUUGUCCAUGCGCUGAUGGCUUGCGCCGAGGCCGUCCACCAGGAAAACUUCAAGCUAGCCGACGCCCUAGUCAAACACAUCGGAAUCCUAGCCGUCUCCCAAGCCGGCGCGAUGAGAAAAGUGGCGACUUACUUCGCCGAAGCCUUGGCUCGCCGGAUUUACAAAAUCUACCCUCAAGACACCCUGGAAUCCUCCUACACCGACGUUCUCCAGAUGCACUUUUACGAAACAUGCCCCUACCUGAAAUUCGCUCACUUCACGGCUAACCAAGCCAUCCUCGAAGCCUUCACGGAUUGCAGCCGAGUCCACGUCAUCGACUUCAGCUUGAAGCAAGGGAUGCAGUGGCCGGCUCUUAUGCAAGCUUUGGCUCUCCGACCCGGCGGCCCGCCGGCCUUUCGGCUCACCGGGAUAGGCCCUCCCCAGCCGGAUAACUCCGACGCGCUGCAGGAAGUCGGGUGGAAGCUGGCUCAGCUGGCGGAAACUAUCGGCGUGGAGUUCGAGUUCCGCGGCUUCGUGGCUAACUCGUUAGCCGAUUUGGACGCGUCGAUACUGGAUAUUCGGCCCCGCCACGUGGAGGCGGUGGCCGUGAACUCCGUUUUCGAGCUUCAUAGGUUGCUGGGCCGCGGCGGCGGGAUAGAGAAAGUGUUGGAUUCGAUCAAAGGUAUGCGGCCUAAGAUUGUGACGAUUGUGGAGCAGGAAGCGAAUCACAAUGGCGGCGUGUUUCUGGACCGGUUUAAUGAAGCCUUGCAUUACUAUUCCACCAUGUUUGACUCGCUGGAGAGCUCCGGGUUGACUCAGCCCAACAGCCAGGACCUGGUGAUGUCGGAGCUCUACUUAGGGCGGCAGAUCUGCAACGUGGUGGCGUGCGAGGGGCCGGACCGGAUCGAGCGCCACGAGACUCUGAGCCAGUGGAGAACCAGGAUGAAAUCGGCCGGGUUCGAACCGGUUCAUCUCGGUUCAAACGCCUACAAGCAGGCGAGUAUGCUCCUGGCGCUGUUCGCCGGCGGUGACGGCUAUAGAGUGGAGGAGAACGACGGGUGUCUCAUGCUAGGGUGGCACACCAGGUCGCUCAUUGCCACGUCGGCCUGGCAGCUCAACGGCGGCGGCGGCGGCGAUCCGUAGCGAGUCAACUCGUGAACAACGCAUGAGUCAGCUCGGAGAACUCGGCACCCCGGUGACGGUAGUGAUGUGCUGAGUUGGUUGGUUUGGUGGAAGUGAGAGACAGAGAAAGGGACGGACCAAAAAUGAGUCAAAUCCUGUCUUUUUACUUUUUUUUUUUUUUUUUACUUCAAUCUAAAAGUCAUCCUUUUUAGAAUUUCUUUGUUUUUUUUUUUUUUUUUUUUUUUUUUACCCUUUUGAAGGAGUGGUUUGAUUUGGGUCGUUUACCUUAUUUGGCUUAGGAUUUCUCCCUUUUGCUCUCCUGCCUAAGUGUGCUAUAAUCUCAACUUAAAAAGAAAAAAAUAAUAAUUAUUUAUGAUUCAAUGGCAUGGAGAGUAAGUUAAUAGGAGAACGUUUAUGUUUGCUGUGAAGUCAAUAAAAACAUGUAAUGUAUGUACAAUCCAUCUUCUUAUUAA